GCUCUAAACCCUAAAUGCUUCGUGUCAACUCUUCAAUUUUCAAUUUUCAUUUUUCAUUUUUCGAACCUCUUGCGAAUCGUUCUCCCUCUGGCGAGCAGCGCCGGACGGAAACUUCCGGUGGCGGCAGGCAAUACUCUUUUCUCCGUAGGGCUCUCCGGCGUCGGUGUGCGGUCAUGCUGAUGCGCUUUCAGCUCUAAUCCCGCUCCUUGUGUAUGAUUUCCACGUGACACUCAUUAAGGAGCACAGAUGCAGACGGCUGUGAGACGACUUUCCUCUUAUUCUCCAGCUUCGUCUUCCUCUUCCUCGGAAAAGGUGUUUAUUGGCUUACCUAGUGCAUUACUUCGGACAAAUUCCAGUAGCCAGGGAAAACCAUUUGCUGCAUCAAUUCAUUCUAGUUCGUGUAAACCACAAAAAGGAAAGAGGAUACCUAAAGAAGAAAGGCGCGCUCUAGUGGAGUCUUUUGUUAACAAGUAUAGAGCCCAAAAUGUUGGAAAAUUUCCUUCUUUGACACAGGUCCGUAAGGAGGUUGGUGGGCAACAUUACAUAAUAAGAGUGUUGGUUCAAGAAUUGGAGCAUAAUGCUAAAUUGGCCUCUUUCAACAAAGAGACUAGGGUAUCAAGAAAAGUAGAAGAUGGUGGUCAAAUUUCAUAUGCAGAAAUUUCCUCUGCAGUCGUCGCAGAUGAAAACUUGAAAUUAAGUACCAUGACUAAAGAUGAGUCAUCAGUUCCUUUGAAGUCGGCAAUUGAAGCAGAUUCUUCACAAACUCCUCUUGGCGAUCCUGUAGGCCGCCAAACAGAGAUUAGCACCAUUGACUCUUCACAAGGCACGCCUAACCAUAAGGCAGUUGAACAUGCAAGGGAUGAUACAACUCUGAAGACAGAUAUGGAGGACUUGCAACCUAUGGAACGCAAUAGGAGUUCAAACCAUGGAGAUUCAGCAAGGGAAACAAACUGGUGGGGCGGCUUGAGAGCCCUGGCAGAUGGGAUCUUUAGCAUUUGGAGGAAAAAGUAGGUCUUCAUCUGCUGCUCUACAAAUGGCUAUCUUGCUUCUCCUGGCGAGUUGCCAUGUUGCCUUGUUUUGGCGUUCAAAAAUAAUUUCUCCUACAGCCAUUGAGUCGUCUAAUGAUGAAUAGUGGAAGUUUCUUCUCCGUUUACUUCUAUUUGGUCACUUAGAUCCAAGUUGAUUGGAUGCUUUUGCUGGCAUCUGAGAAAUUUGACUUGCAAAGCUAGUUCAAUAUUGACUUAUUUUGUAAGAGUGCUGUAUCUGAAAAUGGAUCAAUUGCAUGCAUUUAUUUGUUCGAAUCA